GCGGGAGCCGGAGCGGGAGCCGGAGCCGGAGCCGGAGCAGGUGCGGGAGUCAGAAGAGGAAGCAAUCGAAGGAGAGAAUCCUCUUAACAUCAUGAAGGCUGUAACUCUGCUGAUGUGCCUUGUGGGCACCGCUUAUACAAGACCACUGACCUGGGUAAACUCUUUUGGAAUGGCCUCGAUGCAGCCUGCAUUUCCCAUGCGCUAUCAAGACCAGCUUGCACAGCAGCCACAACCUCAAAUACCACCACAGCUCUACUCACAGUUUUUCCCAGCAAUUAAUUAUCUACCACCUUCACAACAAACUGUACCCUCAUACCUUCCUGAAUCACAACUGUUAAGUCCGCUGCCUGACACAGAUGUUCAACCACAAAUGUAUGCAGUAUUUAUUCAACAACCACAAAUAGCUGGCUCAGUAAGCUCAGAGGAAGCACAGCAACAAAGGGUCGUGUACACUGGAUUUUACCUGCCAGUGGUUCCUGGAGGUACAGGUGUGGGUAUCACUCAAAACCAGGGAGGCGGUCUACCUGAAGUUCAAGAGAUGCCACUUCCUGAGGGCAUUUUACCAAACCUAGGAAAUCCUAUAAAUCCAUUCAUUUCAGACAAUACAGUUGUUCAAAGGGGGGAUACUGCUCAAGGAAGCAGCCAUCCAAUUGAAAUGCCAGCAGUCCAACGAGAUAAUAGACCGAUCUUUGAAAGUACAGAUCUCCCUGCCAGAGGUACAGACCUAGCUGGAGUACAGCAAGCAACCACAGGUCCUGCUCAGAGCAGUGGAGGAGGAGAAACACCUGCUGGAUUUAGCAAAACAUCUUCUUUUAACCCACCUUAUGUGACCGAAGCCCAUUUUGUUGAACCAGUUGCAGAAGCCUUUACAAUAAGACCCAAAGACCUCAGAAAAAGGGGCACCAGCAGCAGCUAACGUUAACACAUCAAUUGAGAUUUUAUUUACUGGUUUUCAAACGCAUGUUAUCCAUAAACCAAAAGUAUGGAUGAUGUGUUUCUAGCAAAUAAUCAGGCAGGUCAGAUUUUCAUUUAUUGUACCAGUAAAAGGGGCUUUUGUAAAAAUAAAAAAAAAGUAGGGAUUGAGUUGUGCUGGGCUAUUUAGUAGAGGUCAAUAGGAGUAAUUGCGUUUUUCUAUAUUUCAAUUAUUUUAACAUUGCUUUAAUUAAUUCUGUUUUUUAGAUUAAUGAUUCACUAGUUACAUGGAGAGAACUUCAGGAUUUAGUAGCACCAGGACUGAUUAUGUAGUAAAUUUUACAGUAAAUAUUCUAGGUGUCUCUUACCAUUAUCAUGUAAUAUGUUGGACCACGAGAUUGCCAUAAUGUUAGUGAGCUGUUUUCACUGUUUUACUAUAGUGUAUCUGCUCAUGCUGUUCAUACACUGGAUCUUGUGAACUGUUUGUGAACUGCAGUUGCAAGGCUAUGACUCCUGAAAUAUAUGGGUGGCUGCAGUAUUAAGUUGCAUCUGAGGCUUGUGUAUGAGGCACAAUGUCAUGGUUAUUCACAUUUAAAAUAUACUACCAUGGCACACACUAGCCUCUUAGAAAUCUACAAAACAUUCAAAGGACAAAUUUGUACUGUACCAUUCCCAGCAAUAUAUAUUGCAGCUAUGGCAAGUCCUUACCUUAUUUUAGUUUCCUUUACUUGUUUUGCAUUAUUUAAAAAUAAUGAGUACUCUGAAGAAAAGCUUCUAUCUUCAGUAAAAUAAACUGUCUGAAAACGUGUGUGCAUCUAACAACAUGCUAAAAAACAUUCACGUUGCAGCAUGUAUUUUAACCAUGGUGUCUACCGCAAUUGAUGUUUCGAUGUAGUAAAUUUCAACAGUGUAAAACAGAAAGCUUGCUUUGGGACCUAAUCGUCAAGCACCCUUUACAAACUGUGGUAAAAGUCAUACUUCAAGUGUACUUCAAAUUGUAACAUUGUUUUGCAUGGUGUGAACCAAAAAAAAUCACCUUUGGUAACCAUAUAUGUUAUCAUGUUUCUAGUAUAUUGCCUUAUUCAAGCAGGUGAAAAUCUGUUUGUUUACUUGUAAGUACAACAAAUAAAUAACUGCAAAAAAUCAAAACAUCACAAUGGGUGAGUUUAUAACACAAACUGUGUUGUCUUUAAUGUAAUAAAUAAUUUUGAUAACAAUCAUAAAUGCAACUUGGCCCCAAUUUACUUGUUUUGCAAAGUGUGAGCCAUUGUGUUUUCUGAGAUAAAAAAACAGCUUGUAACAAAGCUAGCAAGAAACAACCCAACCAUAUUUUUAGACAUGUUGUUUGGAAUUCUAAAGCUACUCAACACUGAAAGCAGGUUGACAAGGAUUUUCAACAAAAAAGGCGCUUCACACUGUAACAUUUAUUGAAUGGUUGAUUUUAUUAAUAUACAGUUUAACCUGUCAA